AGGAGUGGAAGAGGGAGGAGGCAUAGGAGUAGCAGACGACGCCGGCGGCGCGCAACUUUCGGAAUGUGCGUUUCGGAAGUACUCUGCACCCCUCUUCACUGCGCGCAGGCAACGUCACGGUGACGUCACUCGCGCCGUUGAGACUGGAGGGCUGACGACGGGGAGCAAGUAGAGAGGGGGCGUCGGUCGGAUCGCCCUUUCCCACCGCGAAGAAAAACAGGGAGCCGUUCGCUUAUAAACGCACUUGCGGGGCAAAUGGAUCACUAGGGCGUUGGUAGGAAACCCACGCGGCGUUUCGCGCGCAGAUUGCAGUGGUUCGUCCACGCGCAGGUUGGUACCCGGCGUUCUCGUCCGCCGUCGACCGUCCACUUGACGCCCAGUUGGUUUUGUAGUGGUGCCCGCUUCGCCGGCACAACAUGGGAAUCGCCGUAGUGCCGUGGCUCCUCAGCGCGCUCCUCGGAGCCCUGCUUGCGAUCCCGUCGUCUGGUCACAGUGAGGACCACUACGUGGGCUGCCCGGCGCCCCGUUCUCCCGAGAACGGCCUGAGCUUCAUCUUCAACAGGGGCCGCCUGGUGCGCUACCGGUGUCACCCAGGAUUCACACUGCGUGGUCACAGCCAGGCGGUGUGCCACCACAACAGCUGGAACAGGCCUGCUCCCGUGUGCCUUGCCAAAAACGCGACGCGACGUGGCACGAAGCUGCCUCACCAUGGCGAGGGGAAACACGGCCAUGGCGACGUGCAGCCGUUCGAGUGGGACUCCAUGUACAAGGAGGACAAGUUGCCGCUCAUCAACGGCCGAUGGAGGAAGCCGCAUCAGCGCGUCUUCUCUAUGAGCGGGUCUAAGGAGGCACUCGAGAGGACGGCCGCCGAGCAGCAGCUAAUAGACGAUGAGCUCACGGUUGCUGAGAUGAGGCACCGCCAGGAACAGGACGCUCGGAGGAGCAGCAGGGAAAAUAGCGGGGCCAUUCGCGAGUCUAUGCAAAGAGACGCACUGGAAUCGGACACCGCAAACGAAGGCAACGAGGUGCCGACGCCCGAACCUUCAGAAGUAGAGAAGCACGGUUUCUCGCAUCACAGCGUCGCGACGUCGCAUUCGGCCGACAGCUCACCACACUUGAAAAAGUAUUACGAGUGGAAGGAGGACAUCCCAAAGCACAACAGCGCAAGGUACUCCGUGUCGAGGCUGGCGAAGGGCCGCCAUCCCUCCUCGGGAGAGCAUGCGUCGUCCAGUACGUCAGCGGAGCAAGACGAUCGCGAAGAAGACGUCGAGCCGUCCACUGAGUCUUCAAGUACUCCGAUACCAGCGACGGGUUCUGCACCAAAGGAAGCUUGGCGGAAGCAGUCGGACAUACCUGAUUACUGGAGGAGCCUCUCUGGAGGAUACAGUGCCGAGAGGCGCGGACAAGAUCGUGGCCAGGUACUCAGCUCUGAUAAAGAGGAAACGACGACUCACAAGACGGUCAGCCGUGCGUUCAAAAGGAGUUACCUUCAUUCAGAGGACGACUAUGAUCUCGAGGAUGACGAUGACGACGAAGACGACGACGACCGACUCGACACAACGCAGUACAGUUCCACACACAGAGGCGACCUUAGUCCUUACGACGAUGAGGAAGACCGCAGCAGAUCUCCUCCGCGUACCGUGACCUUCGAAAGGGGACCAAAGGGCGAUCGCGAACCGUACGACCAGAAUUCCGGCGCCUCACGCUCCUCCCCGGUAGACUAUUUCGGUCGUCCAGUGCAAGUGCUCACCGGAGAGAAAGCGCACCAGCAAGAGGCCUUGUUGCGGCGCCAGUACGAGAUGGCCCAGCAGCACAAGCGCGCUAAGCUCGAAGAGUUCAGGGGUCGUCCGGAAUCGACGGUGCGAUUUGACCCUCCUCCGCCCAACAACGCGCCCGUGACGUCACGGCCGAUCGACUACUUCGGCAGGCCCGUACAGGUCCACACAGGCGAGAAGGCUGCCCAGGCCGAGGCGCUUCUCAAGCGCCAGUACGAGAUGGUCCAGCAGAGGAUGCGGGACAACCAGUUCGAGGAGGCCCGCAAGCGUCCUGACGCCGAGUACUUUCCGAGGCGGGGGGUGAGCGAAGACGAUCGGCGAGGCGACAUUGCCGUGCGAGAACGAGGAGACAGAGAACCCACGCCACCUCCUGCAAGGCACCUGGUCACGUCGAGGCCCGUGGAUUACUUCGGCAGGCCAGUGCAGGUUCUUACGGGGGACAAAGCUGCCCAGGCUGAGGCCAUGCUCCGGAGGCAGUACGAGGAGUACCAGGCACGGCUCAACAAGAGGCCUAGCGAGCCGGACUACGCCGAGGGCAGACCGGUCGAGUUUGAUCGCAGGCCCGUGCAGCCCGGACCAUCGAGUUCGCCCCCGUUCGACCACUUCGGACGGCCCGUGCAGAUUCUCACGGGCGAAAAGGCGGGCCAGCAGACCGAGCUGCUGCGGCAACAGUACGAGAUGGCCCAGCGCAGUGGUUCGCUCCAGGAGGCGAGAAGCAGACCGACCGAGGAGGUGCACCAUCGGCACCGGCACCACCACGGCCACCAGUGGAGCGAGCAGGGUACGAGCGGAGCGCUGAGACUGAGCCGAGAGGACAUGGAACUCAUGAGCCGGCUGUCACCGGAGCUGCGCGCCAGCUUUCUCAGGGACCUGCGCCAGGCACGCAUCAAGGAGGAGACCGACCCGGAGAGGGCCAACCAGUUCCUGAGCCGCUACCGCAGCCAGGCAUCUCAACAUGCCAAGUCUCUGUCGACAGAUGAGGACAGCACCACCGCUGAUCCCGGCGACAACGAUUACGACGAGGACGAAAUGCUCGGCGAUCAAGCCUCGGAAGACAUUCCGCUCACGACGGUGAGCACUGAGGACACUUCGUCCGAGUCUUCCGAGUCCAAGAACCUGUCCAGCAAGCACUCGUCAAACAAGGCCACGUAUGACCAGAGCUGCCUGCAGGACCGGAGGCUUGGCCGCUCUUUCCUCAGCGCACCCAAGGUGAAGCACGCGUACGUGUACAAGUACGAGCGCAAGGUGCUCGCCAAACCACCGCAAAGCCACUACGUGCUGGCCCGCUACAAGUGUCUGCUGGGCUACAGGCUCAAGUAUGUCAAGGCGGACGCCCUCUAUUGCCGGCAGCGGCAGUGGAUUGGCGAGCACCCGACGUGCGUCAGGAACGAGAGUUAAGCGGCCAUGACCGCACUUCGUCUGAACCGACGGCAUACUUACUAGCGCACGUAGCACGACAAAAGCGAAAGAAGCGCCUGCCGAGAGUCGUAUACGAGUUGGCUGCUCCUGACGUGACUUAACGCCGCUGCGUUAGACUUAGCAUUCACUGCCCCAGACUGGGAGGAAGCGCAUCCUGAGAUGCGUCAAAGGUACACGAGCUUCUUAUUCUUUCCCUUUACGCACCGCCGCUGUCCCAAGAAAACCCGCCUUUCUUUUGCUUGUACUCGGCGUGAAUGCCUCGCGGAAUCAGUUGGCAUUCGUGUCGCCCUAGACGCGUGUGAAAUUGACACACGAAUCGUGUUUGGUCAAUUCACCGUGUGCUCAGUGGUGCAUACUACACAUCGCUCGGCUAGAAGUGCGUAUGGAAAUUGCUGAAAAGUAUAAAGGACGAAAAAAAAGGAAGCCAAAUUUGCUCUAGAGAUCCUACUCAAAGCUCCUGCGUGGUUGUAUUGAUUAGUGGCUGAAUAAUUGGACAGACAAGAUAGAGUCCUUUCAACACUUCCGACACUGCGCUGGGAAUUGGUAGCCUGCAUUUUGCACCACGUUAUAUCUCAUAUUUUAAGCACUUUUUAUCGGCAAUCAAAAAGCUCCGGCGAUAGCUCUCGUUGUUUAUUUUACUACUACUUACUUUGUAAAAAGCCCAGCUUCCUUUGGUGCGUUGAUUGAAAAGAACGAGCACUUUCCAGAGCUUUAUCGCACCGGUGACUAUCGCAAAGAAACGUUUAGAGGAAGCUUUUUGUGCCAAAUGAAGCGUAGCGUUGAAAUUGUAGAAAAUGUGAUUGUUACGUUGAUCUGUUUUUCGCAUUUUAUAACACGUUCAACACAAUUUCAUUCAUGCCUGACAGAAGGACGGCACUAAGCGAGUACUAGCAAAUCAGAUCAUGCCUGUCUUGACAUCAUGUGGAGUUUGGUCGGUGCGUCGGAAGCAUAUCAAAAGACUCCCGCGCAGUACUGACGAGCUCACGCUUAAAGAACGACAGUGAACUGGUGCCUUGGUACAAAUCAAGCACGUGUACAAACUUUAUAGUGAUUGGGCCUUCGCAAGACGGAAUGUGCAGCGUAAAGGGUCACUACAGCUUGGAACAAACACAGUGCAGCGGUUGCUCUGUUACGUUUUAUAUUCGUGCAUUUAGCAAUGCGCGAGGUGCCUUCGAGAAACCACCGUCUUCAGCUACUCUGCUUGGCUGUGCCCGCAUAGCGUGGACGGUGUAACCGAGCAGCGUAAAGUAAUGUUUUCUGCAAACAGCGAGUUCUGAACGAGAAAUUCCGCGCUGCGUCAAGUGCGAUCAACCAUUGCCCCAUUCUUCAUUCUUAUGCCGCCUUUAUUUUAUUCCCUUUAUGACAUACUCCUUGCCGUGCUUUCAUUUUCAUGCAUGCCUGGCCAUUUUUCUAGAAAGUACGUGUUAAUGCGUGUGCAUAGUCUGUGUUGUUGUUUUAUUAGUGCAAGUGUUAUUUAUACGGGGUCCUCGUCUUCCAUGUAUAUAAACGAGCACAAGGUCACUUCCUGAUACUUUCCUGUUUUCAAAAUGUGCUGACAUCUUGCUUUGCUCUUCUUUUUUCAUCGAAGCAACGAAGUGCCUGUCAUUUGUAUCAACAUGCCAAGCGACGCAAAAAUAUGUAUUUAUUUACACUCAAGAAAUGUAUAAUAUGUCCCGCGAAAAAAAUAAAGAGCUUGUAGUUCGCUC